UUGUCACCGGACGCAUGCGUAUUUCACUGUUCAAUGUCACCGCAACAAUUGAACAUGGCUGCCGUGGGUUUCAGAAAUUGGGCUCGAGCGCUUUCCAAGGGGAAACAGCCAGGCUUCUCGGCGCUUUUCUCCCAAGUCAGAGCAGCCUCUGGACCUUCCAAGGGCAUGCUGCCAGGGCCAUACCCCCAAACGCCCGAGGAGAGAGCAGCUGCAGCGAAGAAGUACAACAUGAGGGUGGAGGAUUAUGAACCAAUCCCGGAUAAUGGCGAGGGGUAUGGAGACUACCCACAAUUACCAGACAGAUCACAGCAUGAGAGAGACCCCUGGUAUUCCUGGGACCAUCCAGACCUGAGGAGGAACUGGGGGGAGCCGAUCCACUGGGAUUUUGACAUGUUCAUCAGGAAUCGAGUGGACACAUCGCCCAGCCCUGUGGCCUGGCACACCAUGUGCAAACAUCUGUUUGGUUUCGUUGGAUUCAUGCUGCUGAUGUUCUACCUUGGGGAGAAGUUUCCAUCUUACCAGCCGGUGGCACCCAAACAAUAUCCUUACAGCAACCUGCACCUAGAGAGAGGAGAGGAUCCCGAGAAACAACCUGAAGAAGUCAAACAUUUUAACAUUUAAAUAUCUGCGUCUCUAAAUGUGUAUAUUUCUGUCUAAUAAAGAGAUUUUAGUGUGACUUCAGUCACAUUCCUGAUA